GGUGAACCGGAUAUCCUACCUAUUUACGCUUGCGCAGUUACCGGUCUCCUUGUUGGUUGCAAAGGUUGAGCGUCUGAGAAGGCUUUGGUCGUAACAUAAAACACUCCAACAAAAUGUACAGCUGUUCAAGAAUCGUUGCCCCAGCAACCAGAUGUCUGGUUGCCAGUGGGAGCAAAGCCAUCAGACCAAUCAGUAGCACAGUUCUAUCAAAAGAUAACUCCAACCUUAGUGUCACACCUGUUAGCACAAAUGUACUUACGAACCAGCUUAGGAACUUCCAGACCAGUGUAGCCAAACGUGAUAUUGACCAGGCUGCCAGAUAUAUUGGAGCUGGUGCUGCCACAGUUGGUGUAGCUGGUUCAGGAGCUGGUAUCGGGUCAGUAUUCGGCAGCAUGUGCAUCGCAUUCGCCAGAAACCCAUCAAUGAAACAGCAGCUAUUCGCUUACGCCAUCUUAGGAUUCGCUUUGGCCGAAGCUAUGGGUCUGUUCUGUCUUAUGAUGGCCUUCAUGAUCAUCUAUAUUCUAUAAAUUAUGCAUCUGUAGACAAUACUGUACUUGUUUGGUUGACUUAUACGAUAUUUUAGUGUGUGAGAAUGUUUAAAUUGUCAAUACUGGUAACAGUGCUACAGGGAACAAAGGAUAAUCCAGUUCUCAUUGUGAUAACCUGUUGAACAUCAGGGUUAACAAAUGUGCUUAUUUAUACACAAGAUUGAAACUGUCGUUUAUUUUGGAUUAUCAGAAACUAGUAAAAGAUUUUACGAAAAUACUGAAAUAAAAUGUUGAAGAGUU